UGGCAGAUGUUUGUUUCAGAUUUUGAUCAACUUGAUAAUUAUCUUUGUUUUUGUUCACUGUGUUUUUUUUUGUUUUUGUUUAUGUGUUCUGUGUGUAUUUAUUCAAUGUUUGUAAUGUAGCUUGUUCUGUGUGUUUAUGUCUAUUUUGGAAGAUAAUCUUUGAAUGAAAAAAAAAACAAUUACAUAAUCAAUCAGAAAGGUUUGCGCACCUGUUAUCAUUACCUGUUAUUACAGAGCAACAACAACAACAAAACACCUUGAUCCUAUUCUAAAAAAACACAUUGACUUUUGAGGAAUUGUUGUCUGUUUUGUGUUUCACCUUUACAUUUUCCAUCAUUUCAUCUGGCCGCAAACAAUUUUUUUUGUGUGUUUUUAAAAAAUUUCAAAAAAAUCCAUCCAAAUUGAACAAAUCAAAGAACCAAGAACAAAAAAAAAAUGGCUGAACGUGAAUCACAUGAACAUUCCUUUUCAUCGAUCGAUAAUCAAUCAUUAGGUUCAAACAGAAAUAAAGUUGUAACGAAAAAAACAACAACCGUUGUUCCGUAUGAUAUAAAUUCAGGUGUAAUACCACCACCAGGUACACAGGAAGAAUGGACAACAACCAAACGUCGUAUAAAUCAUAAAACAAAACAAGUUGAAACACGUGUACAACGUCAGAUAAUAAUGGAAGAUGGUAAAGUUAUUGCCGAUAGUGGACCACAAGUAACAACCAAAACGACUGAAGAUCAAAAAUCCGAUGAACAAGAAGAUACAAAACAUCGUAUGUUAGGUGAUUCAGAUGUACCGGAAAAAUAUCGUAAAGAUAUUGGUAAUCAAGUGGUAGCGGAAAAAACCGUAACACAUAAUGUAACCAAAGAAGCAAAAGAAGAAAAUUAUCAAUAUCAUGAUGAAAGUUUACGGGAAUUAGAUGGCCCAGAUAUUCAUCGUCGUGCUGUUGAAAAUCCAAAUAAAUUAAUAUCGAUUGAAAAUGAAAUACCUGCAAUACCACGUGGUAAAUUGGUGAAUUUUACCGCAAAAGGUCGUAAAACAAAUGAUCGUGAUGAAAUAUUAGAAGUUUCAAGACUUGGUAAAGAUGGCUUGUUGAAUACGGAAACAACACAAACACAAUAUCAUGAAGAAUAUGAAGAUGAUGAAUUACCUGAAGAACAACCGAUUGCUGAACGUAUGAUUGAAAGUGAUGGUCAUCAUCAUGGUCAUCAACGACAACUUGAAUAUAAUCGUAGUCAUCGUGAUGAUGAUCAUCGAUCAAUACGGACAAAUAGUUCGUUGAGCAUCGAUCGAAACAAAGAUCGAAAAUCAUCAUCGAAAAAGAACAAAGACCAUCACCAUCAUCAUACAGGUGAUGAUGAUAUAAUUGAAACAUCCGAAGUAUAUCGAUUAUCCGAUCGUAUGCGUUCAUUGAAAAGUUCGGAAAAAAAUAAAAAAGGGAGGCCUCAUUACGCUACAAUAACUACCCGUAAAGAUGAUGCAUCAACACAGGCAUCAUUAUCUGAUUGUGAUUGCGAUCAUCAUCCGCAACAAGGAUCAUCUUCGCUACGAUCAUCAUUCAAUAUGCAUGAUAAAGAUUGUUUUAUCAAUAAUGAUAGUAAACCUAAAUAUUAUUACAGCGGUGGUGAUCCAAUUGAUGAUGAUAAAGGAUUUAUACAGGCAAAAGUAAAAACAUCAAAAUUUGCAAUGGAAAAUGACCGUAUUGUUGAGGAUAAAUCAUUUGAAGAAGAUUUUAAACGAUCAUUUCGUAAUGAUACGGAAAAAUUUGAUGUUAAACGUGAUUUUGAUCGUUUUCGUGAAAAAACUGCUGAACAUACAAAGAGUAUUCGAGAUCGUGCCGUUUCACCAAUGCUGCCACCAUCUGGUCCACUAACAUCAUCCACCGAAUUUAUUCAUCGACCAAUUUUAUCCGAUACUAAUUCAAAUCAACCAGCAGUUGGACGUUCAAGAUCAUUUUAUAAUCACCAGAUUGAACAAUUGGAUAAAUCACAUACACAUCGAACAUAUGAUCAUCAUCAACCACCAUCUUCUUCUUUCAAUGAUCGUUAUUCAAGUUUGCCAAAAGAUUCCUAUAAAAAUGGUGACAGUAAUUAUAGAGUUUCAAGUCCAUUAGUGACCAGCAGUAGUGGUGGUGAUAAUUGGAAUACCAGUAGCAGUCGACAUCAUCAUUCUUCGACCAAAGAUCAUCGUCGUUAUGAUAGCCAUCAUCGUACAACUGGACGAUUACCAUAUGGUGGUCAACAUCAAUCACGAACAACAGAUUUUCCUGAUUUUGCACCAUUAUCCAGUCCAUUUGAAAUUAAAUCAUUAACGGCAGGUCGAUAAACGA